AUGUAUCGCUCCUAUAAUCCCAACGAUUAUGAUACUCAACAUUUUGCUGAUUAUAGUGCAAAUAGAACCGAUAUAAAAUAUAAGUACAAUGGAAUAGGUGAACAAUAUCAAUCCACUUUUAUUCCUGCUAAAUCGUUGACACGUAUCGAUUUAAAACAGCCAAGUUUUCAAAAACCAGUUCGUCCCCAAUAUCACGAAGAACAAACCAAUAAUUCUCGACUCUCGUUAGUUCGAGGUGAUAUGCAUCCGGAGCCGUACAGUGGUCGACAAAGAUUUGUGCUUGACAGUGACCUGACGGAUGAUCGAAAAACUCCAGAAUACCAACAACAAUCUCAAUUAUCCAAUAUUCGGCAAGAACACAAUGAAUAUCAUCCUACAUUCAAUGAUCGAUUUAGUAAUCUACCACAAAGUCAAAAUUCACGAUUCUUAUCACAAGAACUACAUCCAGCUUUACCGACAAACAAUCAACAGCAGCAAAUAGCUCGUACUGUUUCUCAACAUUCUGUUUCUGCAUCUACUCCUACUUAUCAGCAGCAAACAUUUAAACAACAGAAUAUUCCUAUUCGAACUUACUCGUCUGAAACAGAAGAUCAUCCAGAAAUUAAAACAUAUCCAUUUAAUCCAUUAUCUCAAAAUCACAACAAAUUACAAAAAUCUUUAGAAAUGGAAAGGACGGAGAGUCAACAUCCCAAAUUACGUGAACAAAAAUAUGACGAUAAUAAUCAACAGAUAACAGAGGGUCAGGGUACUAUAACACGUCAUGAUUUAUCUGUAAAACAUGAAGAUAAUUCAGCGCCGCCGCUACCACCUCGGAAACAAGAAAAAAUGCCAGAACACUAUUCAAACGUCCAAACGAAUAGUCAACAAGAAGAGAACUCUGUUUCUACGAAAAAAGAGAGACAAGAACAAUUGCAUGAAAAUGGUGAGAAAGCUUUUAAUCCUGCACAAGAAUACCCAAAACCAGAGAAAGACACUGAAGGAAACUCAAGUAGUCAAGAAACCAAUACUAGUAUUCGACAGCCAUCGAGAAAAGAUGACAAACAACAAACAGAAAAGAGUGAAAUAGACAAAGAGUACAAGGAUUCUGUAACUGAAAAAGUUCAACUACGUAGUCGUGAAACCAGCCCACAACGUUUGCCGAUUAAUGUUGGUUUUUUAAAAAAGACUUUUGGUUGUCUUACCCCGGGUAUCAUCAUCGCUAUCGUAGUCAUUGCAUUAGCGAUUUUAUUAGGAGGUAGACACUUAAGGAAAUCAUCAGCAUUAGACACUUCGAUAACACUGUCACAACCAAGUAUUUCAUUUAAUGAACAAAAGCCCUCGAGUCCGAUUAUCGAUAAACAACCCAAAACCAAACGUCCAACAGCAGAACGUUCUCGAGACAAUAAGAGAAAAAAACAACCGGUUAGUUCUGAUACGGAUGAACUCACAGUAGUCAAAUCGAAAAAUAAUCGUCAGCUGAGUACCUCAGAACUUCUAAAAACGGGCAUCAAUAGUCGUUCAAAACCAGAUGCCAACGGUCGCUUAUUCGGUUUCAAAAUAUACAACGGUAAGGAUACAAAAACAAAAGACACACCAUUACCUCAUCAAUUCACUCAAAAUAAAGUAAACGAUGAACUACGAAAUAUUUUAUCACGUCGUGAUUAUCUUCAUGCUCUCAGUAAAGCUUCAAAGGUUGAUCAAAAUCGCAUUCAACGUUUUCUUGCAGGCGAUCGCAAUAUAACAUUAGAUAUUAUUGAUCGCAUCGCUAAUGCACUCGAUCUUAGUCUAAUUAUGGUGCCUAAAAGUCGACUUAUGGAACAUAAGGAUAAACAUGGAUUCUUAACAGUGGUUUAA